CUUUAAUUUUGAUUCCACUCAUAAAUAUCAAUGAAAGACAUAUUUAAUAUUCAACAUACUUAAACACACUGUUGAUGAAAAACUAAAAAAUGCGAUGGAUGCUUUGAGGGCAAGCAAUAAAGAAAUCUACCCUAACAUACUCCGACUUCUUCAAAUAUUAGCGACUUUACCGGUAUCCACAACAACUAAUGAAAGAUGUUUUUCCAAUCUUAAACGGAUCAAGACUCAUUUGAGAAAUUCUAUGACGGAAGCGAAAAUUAAUGGCUUAGCAAUACUUUCAAUUCAGAGGGAUAUGGAAAUAACCUCUGAAGAAGUAUUAGAUGAGAUAGGUAAAUCAAGACUACGCUUAGAUUUUAUCAUUUAGUAAACUAAAUAGGUAGGACGUAGAUGUACUUACACUGAAAACUGAACACAAGAAAUAAUCAAUAUACUACACUAAGUGUCGCUUACUGAAUAUUUUUUCUGUACUGUUACUUUUUUCUUAAUAAAAUCCUCGAU